GGGAACCUCCCGCGUCCUGGCUCUCCCAGCGCGGACAGACGGCGUCACUGCGCCCAAGUUAAGGUAAGAUUUGGGAGCGGAGUUCUCCUAUGAGUGGCCCCUCAGUCUGCCUGUCUUGCUCUAAUCAAUAAAGGAAACAUAGGAGCGGCUCCAUAUUGAGAGAGGUCACAGAUUGGUGUUGAAAAUAUUGAAUGGUCUGUGUGGAAUUUCUGCCCAACCAUGGAAGAUCAUAUAGACGUUUGGAAAAAUACAACUUUAUAACAUACUAGAUAAGUUGGUUCAAGCAGCCAUGACCACUUCCCAUGUGAAUGGACAUGUAACAGAAGAUUCUGAUAGUGAGAGACAAGCUGCAGAUUUUUCUCAAGGGGAACCACAGAAACACAGAGAGAUGGCUGUCGAUUGUCCUGAUUUGGGUUCGAGGGCUAUGCCAAUUCGCCGUAGUGCUCAACUUGAGAGGAUCAAGCAGCAACAAGAAGAUAUGCGACGAAGACGUGAGGAGGAAGGAAAGAAGCAGGAACUGGAUGUUAAUUCUUCCAUGAGAUUAAAGAAAUUAGCACAGAUUUUUCCUAAAACUGGAAUUGACAAUCCAAUAUUUGACACAGAAGAAGGACUCUUUCUGGAAAGUCCUAAUCAUGCUGUGAAAGUAUUGGAAAUUGAAGAAUUGUUGUCUUCACUGAAAGAUAUUGAACACACUUUGCUGGACUCUCAAAGUCGAGACGACAUUUAUUUACUGUUACAGCUGGUUCAGAAUGUAGACUUUAAGAAUGCCUUCAAGAUCCACAAUGCUGUGGCCGUGCACAUGAACAAAGCCAGUCCCCCUUACCCACUUAUUCCUAAUUCUCAAGAGUUAACACAAGAGGUGCAACAUGUUUUAAAGGCAAGUCAUCAAAAAGAAAGCCAAGAACUAAAUGCAAUUCUAAAUGGGCCACAUAUUCAGGCACUUCUUUUAGCACAUGACAAAAUUGCAGAGCAAGAAAUGAUGCCAGAACCAGUAUCUGAAGAGAGAUUUUAUGAAACCAUUGGGCAGUAUGGAGAAGAAACUGUUAAAAUCGUUAGAAUAGAGAAAGCAAGAGAUAUCCCAUUGGGGGCUACAGUUAGAAAUGAACUGGAUUCUGUCAUUAUUAGCCGAAUAGUGAAAGGAGGUGCAGCAGAAAAGAGUGGUUUGUUGCAUGAAGGUGAUGAAAUUCUUGAAAUAAAUGGCAUAGAGAUCCGCGGAAAAGAUGUCAAUGAAGUGUUUGAGCUUUUGGCUGACAUGCAUGGCACCCUGUCCUUUGUUCUAAUUCCUAGUCAACAAGCAAAGCCACCUCCUAGCAAGGAAACUGUGGUACAUGUGAAAGCUCAUUUUGAUUAUGACCCUUCUGAUGAUCCUUACGUCCCAUGCAGAGAGUUGGGUCUUUCUUUUCAAAAAGGUGACAUACUCCAUGUAAUUAGUCAAGAUGAUCCCAACUGGUGGCAGGCAUAUCGAGAUGGUGAUGAAGACAACCAGCCUCUGGCAGGACUUGUACCAGGGAAAGUAUUUCAACAGCAGAGGGAGGCUAUGAAGCAAACGAUAGAAGAGGAUAAGGAGCCAGAAAAAUCAGGAAAAUUGUGGUGUGCAAAGAAAAACAAGAAGAAAAGGAAAAAGAUUUUAUAUAAUGCGAAUAGGAACGAUGAUUACGAUAAUGAAGAAAUUUUGACUUAUGAAGAAAUGUCCCUUUAUCACCAGCCAGCAAACCGAAAACGACCAAUAGUUCUAAUAGGUCCACAGAACUGUGGCCAGAAUGAGCUUCGCCUCAAAUUGAUGAACAUUGAGGCUGAUAGAUUUGCAGCUGCUGUACCUCAUACAACUCGAAAUAGAAGAGAUAAUGAAGUGGCUGGGCGAGAUUAUCACUUUGUGUCACGACAGACAUUUGAAGCUGAUGCUGCUUCUGGGAAGUUCAUUGAAUUUGGAGAGUUUGAGAAAAAUAUGUAUGGCACCAGUAUUGAUUCUGUGCGACAGGUUAUUAAUUCUGGGAAGAUUUGCCUUUUAAGUCUUCACACACAGGCUUUGAAAAUGUUGCGUAAUUCAGAUUUAAAACCAUACAUUAUAUUUAUCGCUCCACCCUCCCAAGAGAGGUUGCGUGCAUUACUCAAUAAGGAGGGUAGAAAUCCAAAGCCUGAAGAACUGAGGGAUAUAAUUGAAAAAGCAAGAGAAAUGGAGCAAAACAAUGGUCAUUAUUUUGAUGCAGCAAUUGUGAAUACAGACCUAGACAAGGCCUUUCAGGAACUUCUUCGACUAAUCAAUAAACUGGACACUGAGCCUCAAUGGGUCCCAUCUUCCUGGUUGCGGUGAAGACGAAGAGAAAAUGUAUUUGGCAAUCAUAAAAGGUUGCGUAUCAAAUGUUUAAGCACUGAGAAGCCAGAUUGUUUUAUAACAUGUUGAUUUUGCAUUAACACACUGACCAUCAUUCAGUGGAUGAUCUGCAAAUUCACAUCUGUCAUAUCAGAUUUUUAUGAAAAUUGGAGUUGUAACAUCCUCUGAUUAUCAGUUUAGUUAGAAGUCAUAACACUAUGUCCUUUGAAAUUGUUUUUCUGCAUUGGUAACUGAAUAUCCAUAAAUUGAUAGACUGAACACGCAAUCGUGUUUACAUCCUAUCUCUGGAAAGGGUUUGGUGCAGUUGCCAGGAUUAUGUGGUUAAUUCAUGUGAUCUUUAGUUUGACGAUUGCAUCAAUUUAAAAUUUAUCUCGCAGGUGUAAUUCACAUAUAGCACUCAGCAGUGUUUGCAACAGAAACACCUUAAGUACUUGUAAGUAAACUCCAUAAAUAAGGCCAUUAAAAUUUGACUGUUUUUCAGUUUACAACUUUGAACAAAUUUGAUG